AUGACCGGUCGUCCGGCUUUGCCUCAUUCCAACUCUCUCACCUCCACCACCAACCCUAUGUCCUAUCUCAGUCUUGACAAUAACCCGGAGUCCGGCGAGACGACGUCAGAGAGCAAGACCCCGAAUCUACAAGCUAUGCUCUCUCAAGUCGUUGAAUGGCUGCAGGACGAGAAAACAAAGCAACAGAGACGAAGGCACCGCCGACAUCGUCAUCACCCUCAUCAUGCCCCAAUACCAGUCGAGCAGUCAGACGAGAGCUCGUCGAAAGCGUAUGACAGUGCCGUCGAGAAUGAGCCCGAUCUCUCUCUUGAGAAACUCGAAAACAUCCUUUCUGGGUUUACCUCGUCUCCGUUACAGUCACUUCAUCGGCUAGCCCAUAAAUCUUCCACCUCACUUAGCAGAAAGGGAUCCAUCGCCAAGAAAUAUAAACGAGGCUCGAUCGUGCCCCAAUCCUCCGAUACCGAGUUCUUUGGCGAUGAGAUAUUGGUGCCUAAUGUCGAAGCAUACCUGGACAAUUCCAAGACCAUGGCCUUCACCGGUGGCUCUGCAGACACCGACACUAGCGACAGUGCCAAGAGGAGAGACUACGAGCACUGGGUUACGUUCAAAAAGGAUAUUGUGCGUUUGACGCAUACGUUAAAGCUCAAAGGCUGGCGUCGUAUUCCCAUCGAUCGGGCAAGCGACAUCGACGUCGCUCGUCUAAGCGGAGCCCUCACCAACGCCGUCUAUGUGGUCCGCCCUCCCCAAGAUAUGUCGAAAUACGACAACUUCCACGCGGGUACCGACUCCUCCGCUCCUCCCGUCCCAGUCUCCAAACGGCGUCCCAUGCAGCUACUCCUUCGCAUCUACGGGCCACAAGCCGAACAUCUCAUUGACCGAGAUUCCGAACUUGGCAUCCUCCGCCGCCUGGCCCGCAAACGCAUCGGUCCUCGUCUCUUGGGCUCAUUUGAAAACGGCCGUUUCGAGGAAUUCUUGCACGCAAAGACCCUCACGGCCGACGAUCUCCGCGUUCCCGAAACGUCGAAGCAAAUCGCGAAACGAAUGCGAGAGCUCCACGAUGGGAUGGAACUGUUGGAGUCCGAACUCGCCGCCGGUCCCGCGGUCUUCAUCAACUGGGACAAAUGGGUCGAUCGAUGCGAGAAGGUCGUCACCUGGCUCGACGAGCAAGUCCACCAAGCCGAGACAGAGUCAAAGGGAGACAACGCUCGCCGCGCGCCGCCCGUCAAUCCACGGUACAUCCGACGCGGAUUGAUCUGCGGCGUGGAAUGGCCCAUUUUCCGCCGAGCAUACGAAGCAUAUCGACAGCGCCUGAUCGGACAAUACGGCGGAAUGAAAGGACUCCGCCAGAAACUCAUCUUCGCGCACAAUGAUACACAAUACGGUAAUCUCAUGCGUCUCCAACCGUCUGGCGAGUCACCUCUACUUCAACCGUCAAACCAGCACAAACAACUCGUCGUUAUUGACUUCGAGUACGCGUCUCAAAAUACCGUCGGCCUCGAAUUCGCGAAUCAUUUCACCGAGUGGUGCUAUAAUUACCAUCAUCCAGAAUUGAGCUUUGCCUGCGACACGCGCCGCUAUCCAAGCCAGAGCGAACAGUACCGCUUCGUCCGCAGCUACGUCAUGCAUCGCCCUCAGUACAACCCGGCCGCGAGCGCGACGCCGAAGAUGGAAGGAAGAGAAAAGACGAAUAUCAGUGAUUUCAUGCUCGAUGCGCGUGCACCGGGUGGAGGCAGUCAGACUGGGUCAGGGUUCGUGAAUCCUUGGGGCGACGGGAUCGAUUACGACAAAGAAGAGCGAGAACGCGAGAAGAAGCAAGAAGAGCAAAUCCAGGAGUUGCUUAGUGAAACUAGACUGUGGAGGCUCGCGAACUCGGCGCAGUGGGUGGCGUGGGGUAUCAUGCAGGCGAAGGUGCCGGAGUUGGAUGAAUUAGAGAAGAGAGAGCGAGCAGCAGCGAACAAGAAGAGUGGAGCGGGUACGCUGGUCGAGAAGGUCCAAGAUAUCGUUGGUGCCAACAAGACGCAGAAGAAUCAGCCUCUUCAUCCCAUGUCCGACCCGUUGACGGAGGAGGAAAAGGUAAUCCAAGAGCAAAGUCGUCGGGACGGACCCGAGGGUCAGCGGCAGGAAGAGGUACACCAUAAAGAUGAUGAGGGUGCGCAGACGGAAGAGAAAGACCCGGCGUGUGCUCAUCCAAGUGUCAAUGGACAUGGCACUGACCAUGACGACAACCUCGUCAACGGCGAUGGCAGCGGCAAUGCGGAGAUGAAGCACGCACAAGCAAACGCUUCCGAGGACGUGAAAGAUGCAGAUAAAGCUACAGAUAACGAAAGCGCGGAAAUCGUGGGCGAAGACGAAUUCGAUUACCUUGCCUAUGCUCAUGACCGCGCCAUGUUCUUCUGGGGUGAUUGCCUGACCAUGGGCAUCGUGAAGGAGGAUGAGUUGCCUGAGAACCUGAUGAAGAGGGUCAAGAUUGUGCCUUUUUAA